AUGCCGUAUUGGAACUGGGACAGCCCCUCGGGUAUGUACACUCCUAGUAUGUACCUGAAUAACAGACAAUACCCUGCCUUAUUCAACGAAAGGCGUAAUCAACGGAAGAUGAAUAGACCGGCGGAUUUGGGCUACUUCGGCGAAGACAACAACCUGACCCCAAGCCAGACGGCUGACAAAAACUGUGUCAUAAUGUACAAUGAGAUGAUCCGAAAUGCUAACUUGCUCGAGCAUUUCAUGGGGGAGCCGUUACGUCGAGGAGACCCGAUCAACCCCGGGGCUGGAACACACGAGGCGGGUUCACACACCGCCAUACACAUUUGGGGUGGGGACCCAAGGCAACCCAGUGGAGAGGAUUUGGGCAACUUCUACUCAGCGGGUCGAGACCCGUUGUUCUAUGCCCACCACGCCAACGUCGACAGGAUGUGGACCAUAUGGCGAAACCGAAGAGGCAACCUGCCCAGAGAUUUUUCGGAUCCGGACUAUUUAAAUACCCAGUUCUUGCUUUAUGAUGAAAACAGGCAACUUGUGCGUGUCAGAGUUGGUGAUUGCGUGGAUAACUUGAGACUGGAGUAUAAUUUUCAGAGCCGAGGGGUGACUAUCCCGUGGACCAGUUGCCCCCCAAGAGCCCGUGUGACGGGGACAAGAGCGGGGAGAACAGUGGAGGCCCCGAAACUUGAAGCAGUGGAGUUUCCGCUAAAACUAGACAAGGUCGUCAAAGUUUUGGUCCCCAGGCCUAAGAAAUCGAGGUCGAAGGAAGAGAAGGAUAAAGAAGAGGAAGUGUUGUUGAUCUCAGGCAUUGAAGUCGACACUCAGAAGUUUGUGAAAUUCGAUGUUUUCGUGGACGAGGAAGAGGAUGAUUAUGUGAACUUGGCUAAGAGUGAGUACACGGGGACAUUUGCGCAGGUGCCGCAUAAACAUGAGACUCCAUUGCAGAUAAAGACAUCGAGAUACCUGGAACUGGUGGACUUGGGUGUUGACGAUGAUGAUGAGAUAUUGGUCACUUUGGUACGAAGAGCCGGAGAUAUCACCGUUGGUAGUAUCAAGAUCGUCUAUAAUCCUUCUAAUUAG